AUGACCUCACUGGAUAAUAUACAAGCAAAUACGAAAUACUUGGGAGACCCGUCGAAGGCAGACUGGGUAUCUAGUGGCACACCGUUGCAAUCGCCAGAUAAAGACUCUGUCAUCCUUACCCUUUCUGAGGAUGGUGAAAGCUCUUCAGGCACAUUACUCGCCAGUACUACAUAUGUAUGGUACGGAAAGAUCACAGCGCAGCUAAAGACCAGCCGAGGGCAAGGCGUUGUAUCAGCUUUCAUUCUGCUGGGCGACAACAAGGACGAAAUUGAUUUUGAAUUCGUUGGUACGGAUCUUCAGACUGCUCAAUCGAAUUUUUACUUCCAGGGCAUCACGGAUUACAUGAAUUCUAAAAAUCUCUCGGUCAGCGGAGACGACACAUUCUCCGAUUACCAUACGUACGAAAUCGAUUGGAAGCCUGAUCAGAUCACCUGGGCAGUAGAUGGUACUACACAACGAACUCUCAAGAAGUCUGACACCAUGAACAAAACCGACAACCAAUACCACUACCCACAAACACCCUCCCGUGUGCAACUCUCGCUCUGGCCCGCUGGUUCGUCAAAGAAUGGAAAGGGCACAGUCGACUGGUCUGGUGGCCUGAUAAAUUGGUCGCAGCAAGACCCGCAGCAGAACGGCUAUUACUACGCUAUGUUCAAGGAGGUUGAUAUCGAGUGCUACGAUCCUCCAAGUGAGGCCAAGAAAAGCGGCGACAAGUCCUACGUUUGGACGAAUACAAAUGCCAUGGAGAGCGAUGUUUCUAUCACCGAUAACGAUACCGUCUUGAAGUCUUUGCUGGGUUCGGGCGAAGAUAUGGACAAAGACUAUCCCAAUCCCUCGGGCACCAAAUCUGGUUCUCCACAGCAAACAAGUGAAGUUGCUACUAUUCCCGGUCUUACUGGUGCUGGACCUGGAACUGAUGGAUCACGAGGUGGAGAUAGUGGAUCAGGCGGCUCAGGCGGCGACAGCGGCGGAAGUCAGACUAGUGGUGGAUCUGGCGCUACCUCUACCGGAAUCGGCGGCUUCUCGCAAGGCGACAGUGGAAGUGGUAGCAGCGGCACUAAAAGUGAUGCUGUCAAGGUGGAGCGCGUGGUUGCUGGGUCAAUGUUCGCUGCGCUGAUGGCUUUCAUUGGAAUGAUGAUAUUAUAA